AUGAGUCCCACUGUUCAGUACACAGUAAAAGAGAACAACACAACCACAACAAGUAGCGGUGCUGCAGUGCCCAUCCAUACAGGACUGAUACUGCUGUCAACAUUAGCCUUGUUCUGCACUGCGGAAGCGAUGGUGUUAAUCUCUUUGUUGGGUAUGGGUACAGGAGAUGGAGUGGUGGUUGGUGCUUCUGUGGUGGUGUUCUCGGAGAUCGGCGUAGUAGUGGAAUUGGUUUCUUGUGAGUCUGCGGGAGUCACACUGUUACCUGCAUUCGACACGGCUCUUUCACUUUGU